AUGGCCGCCUGCGGCAGCUCCUCACUUGGCCUCCGCAACACUCCUGUUGCUGACAGGAAAAGUAACGUCCGGCGCAGCCAAGCCAACGACCUAGACUUACGGGAGAAGAAAACCUGGCCCAAGGACUGCAGUGAGGUAAUUCGGGACAGGGUCAGUGGUGUCUUCUUCAUCCAGCCCACAGACCUCCGCCAGAUUAUUGUUUAUUGUGACUUCAGCACCAGCGAUGGCUGGACAGUCCUCCAGAGGAACCACAAGGACACAGGGAUCACUUGGGCAGAGUUCUGGAGCACCCACAGGUACGGCUUUGGCAAUGUGCAGGAAAACUACUGGCCGGGCAUGGAGUACAUGCAUCAGAUUGCUAAGCAGAAGGUCUACCAGGUCAAGUUUGUCAUCUAUGAUUCCAUGGGCUCCAUGAAAUACUCAGACUACAACCUCUUUGGUGUGGAAGAUGAGUCCAAAGGCUAGAGGCUGAGGUUGGGCACCUACACAGGGGGUGCAGGAGAUGCCAUGACUUCAAAGAGUGCUUCCAGUGUUCAAGACAAUGUGAAGUUUUCCAGUACAGACCUGGAUCAAGAUAAUUCUAGUGGGAAUUGUGCAUCUAGCUAUGGUGGGGGCUGGUGGUGCUCAAAUUGUUAUAAUGCACAGCUGAACGUCAAAGGGGCCAUUCGCUGGGGUAGUUUAUGUAGCGGGAACUGCCAAGUU